AUGGGAAAUUGCAAUAUUACUGAUAAGAAGGACCUUCCAGAUUCAGCAAGUACUUAGAAUUUAAUAAAGAAGUUCUGUCCGUGCAUAACUUUGAAUUUAUUGAAGUCCUGGGGAAAGGAGGAUUUGGGAAGGUUUGGAAAGUUAAGAGAAGAAAAAACAAAAGUUAUUUUGCUCUAAAAGUGAUGUCAAAGGCAAAGUAAUAAAUUUGUUGUUAUAAAAUAAGGGUCAUCUCAAAAAAGAGUGUAUCUUCAGUAAUGAAUGAGAGAACACUAUUGAGUUAACUAAGACAUCCAUCUCUGAUCAAUAUGAUAGCUGCAUUUUAAGAUAGAGAAAACUUAUAUCUUGUUAUGGAUUUAUUAAGUGGAGGAGAUCUCCGUUAUCAUAUUGGAAAGAAUAAGAAAUUUUCAGAGGAAGAAACUAGUAUAUAUUUCAAUAUAGAAUUUAGAAUUCUUUUGUGCAUGUAUUAUCAUUGCACUAGAAUAUCUGCAUUCAUAAGGUAUAAUCCAUAGAGAUUUGAAACCUGAGAAUUUAGUGUUUGAUUCUGAAGGCUAUCUUAGAUUGACAGAUUUAGGAAUAGCUCGUAUAUGGAGACCCGAUAAUUCAUCUGAUACAAGUGGAACUCCUGGCUAUAUGGCACCAGAAGUACUAUGUAGAUAAAAUCAUGGCAUUGCUGUUGAUUAUUUUGCUUUGGGUGUUAUAGUUUAUGAAUGCAUGUUGGGAAGAAGACCAUAUGUAGGGAAAUCUAGAUAGGAGAUAAGAGAUAAUGUAUUAGCCAAAUAAGUGUAAAUUAAAAGAAAUGAAAUGCCAGUUUCAUGGUCUUUAGAAGCUGGUGAUUUUGCCAAUCAAGUAAUAUAAAUUUAAACUUAUAAGUUGAUUUAACGAAAACCAGUUUAAAGAUUAGGAUCAGAUAAUCCAGAAGCUGUAAAAAAUCAUCCAUGGUUUAAAGGAUUUGAGUGGAAUAAAUUACUAAAUAAAGAAUUGCAUCCUCCCUAUAUUCCUCGUAGUUCCAGUAAUUAAGGAGGGUCUACUCAGGAUACAGAAUAGGAUGCAAAUGAAAUUAAUAUGUUGCUUCGAAGGAACUCUAUCUAAGGUAUUUAUAAUUAAUAAUUGUAUUAUAUAGCUUAAUUCGAUGGAUAUAAUUAUGAUCCUAAUGAAGCUAUGAUAGCAGAACCAUCUAAAUUCUGA